AUGGGUGAUAUCACAGCGUUAGAUAUCAAAACCUUGUUCAGAAUGAUUGUACUGGGUCCUUCGUUUAGUGGGAAGAAUAACCUCUGCCUAUUUAUUCUUAAAAAUGCGCCACAUGUGUUUGCACACUUGACCAUUAUUGCUCGCAAUCCUCAUCAGGAGCUUUACGAAUAUCUUCGUGAUAAACUAGAUGGAUUUAUCACUUUUGCUGAUCCGGAUUCACCCCCAAGCAUUGAUCAAGUACGAAGGACUCCAAUAAACUCCAAUAAACCCGAGCUUAUUAUCAUAGAUGACUACAGCAAUAAUAAGCUACUGCAGAAGAACCUUUUCAGUCAUUAUUUCACUCGAGGCAGACACUUCAAGCUAAGUACCAUAUUCCUUAGUCAUAGCUACUUUGCCACAGAUAAAAUGAUACGACUUAAUUCAGAGUAUUGA